CAAUGGCAGAAAGGGCCGCCGGAGUAAUCUUCUUCUUCCUCCUCAUCUCCGCCGCCGCCGCUGUCAACCGCCCUACAAAAUUAGAAUACCUAAAACUCCCAUUACUCCACAAAGACACAUUUCCCCCAACUCCUUCACAGUCACUCUCUUCCGAUAUCCGCCGUUUAAACACCCUUUACUCCUCCCUCGGCCACCGCAGCACUACUCGUUCCGCCAAACUCCCAUUAACUUCCGGUGCAACUACCGGCAGUGGGCAGUACUUCGUAGAUCUCAGAUUGGGUACUCCGCCGCAACGCCUCCUCCUCGUCGCCGACACCGGUAGUGAUUUAGUCUGGGUCAGUUGCUCCGCCUGCCGGAAUUGCUCAUCCCGCCCUCCAAACUCCGCAUUCCUCGCCCGGCAUUCUUCAACUUAUUUCCCUUAUCAUUGCUACGACAAGAAAUGUAGGCUCGUUCCUAACCCUACAGGCGUCGCGUGUAACCACACGCGCCUCCAUAGCCCCUGUAGAUACGAAUACUCUUACUCCGAUGGAUCGGAAACUAAAGGUUUUUUCUCUACUGAAACGACGACGCUUAAUGCCAGCUCCGGUCGACCGGUGCAGUUUAGGAAUUUGGCUUUUGGUUGUAGUUUUGAAGCUACCGGUCCAAGCAUUGCCGGUCCGAGUUUCAACGGAGCUCAGGGAGUAAUGGGUUUAGGCCGCGGUUCGAUUUCGUUAUCGAGUCAACUCGGCCGCCGGUUCGGUAACAAAUUUUCUUACUGUUUAAUGGAUUACACAUUAUCGCCGACUCCGACGAGUUAUUUAUUAAUCGGCCGGUCAACGGCGGUCAACGAUCCGAAGAAAAUGAAUUACACGCCGAUUAUAAGUAACCCGUUUGCUUCAACGUUUUACUAUAUUGGGAUUGAAAGUGUUUAUAUUGAAGAUGUGAAAUUACCAAUACGCCCUUCCGUUUGGGCAAUUGAUGAGCUAGGAAAUGGAGGGACUGUUAUGGAUUCAGGGACAACAUUGACAUUUCUCGCCGAGCCGGCUUAUCGGCGUAUAGUCCAAGUGUUUAAACGGCUCGUUACGCUACCGGAAGCCGAUGAGCCGACUGUCGGGUUCGACUUAUGCGUCAACGUGUCGGGGGAGUCGCGACCGAGUUUCCCGAAAAUGAGUUUCAAACUAAGUGGAAACUCGGUCCUCUCCCCACCAUCCGGGAACUACUUUAUCGAUACCGCGGAGGACGUUAAAUGUCUUGCAUUGCAACCGUUGACGGCGUCUUCAGGGUUUUCGGUUAUUGGAAACCUAAUGCAACAAGGGUUCAUGUUUGAAUUCGAUAGAGAUCGAUCGAGAAUCGGUUUCUCCCGGCAUGGUUGUGGUAAACCAUAAUGACUUGGUGAGUCGAGUGGUGAGUCUACUCGACUCACCAAGUGUGAACCUUUUUUUUAUUUUUUGUUGGAGGGUUGGGGGUACAUUUUUUUUUCUUGUGGAAAUUAAUAUAAAUGGAUUUGUUUGUGAAUUUAGUGUUAUAAAUAUUAAUUAUAU